UCCUUAUCAAUAUAACCUCACUUAAAUCGCACAGGUGUAAAUUCAUUCAAAAUGGCUGAUCAAUAAAAGUCAUACUGGUGAUAAACAAUAAUCCAGAUGGCUCUGUCAAAAGCACAGUUACCAGGAACUCCUCAACACUUUUUAGAGUGUGGUAUUGAAGACUGUGACAGAAACUGCGAAUUUUACUGCAACCUUUGUCAUACAAGAUUAUGUAAGCAAUGCAGGGAUGAACAUCGGAGAAGUCCAGAAACAAAAAGCCAUGAAGUAGUCCUAUACCAACAACGGAAACGAGAACUUCCCACAGAAAAAUGCAAGAUCCACCCCACCAAGGAUAUAGAACUUCUUUGUAAUGAAUGUUUAAUCUCGUUUUGUUCCAAAUGCACUGCCACCCAAGCACAUAGAGGUCACACAUUCCAUGAUCUGGAAUCAAUUUAUACAGAGAUAUUUUCCCAUUGUCAAGGAACAAUUGCAAAAAUUCAUGAAUAUUUCCUUCCAACGACUAAAGAUUUACAGAAAGAAAUUGAUGGAGAUGCCAAAGAAAUCAAGAUUAUCAUGAACAUCAUAAGAACCUCUAUGAAAGCAGAAGCAGAGUCCCUUAAACGUCUGGUGGAUGAUAUUGUCUCUGAAAAUAUGGAAGAAGUGAACAAAACAGAGCAGUCUCUAUUGGAAAAAUUAAAAAGCCAAGUUAAAUCUAUAGAGAAGUAUAAAGCCUAUCUUAAUGACUUAGAUAAAAAGUUCCAUGUUAACGUGUGCUCUUUUGAACCUUCAAAACCUUUCACAGCAGGGGAUAUGCAAAUCCAAUCCAUACCUGAAACGACAAAACCUUUGAUGCCUUUAUUUACUGCUGGGAAGUACAGCAAAGCAGAUAUUGCCAAAUUAUUGGGGAAAUUAACCUUUCCAAACAAUAACGAAGAGGUGAGAAAAGUGAAGCCUUCGAAAGUAAAAAAUCUUACAUCCUAUCAGAAACGAACAAGCUAUCAAGUAAUAGAGGACAGUAAACCAAUAUCUAAUGUGAAACAAACACUGUCCCUUUCUUCCUUUGUCACUGAGGACAGGGAGUUAACCGUACCAGGUGUUGACGAAGUGUACCAUAUGUCGCUAGAUCGGUCAGGCAGACUCUGGGUCAGUAAUUAUGUUGGUAACCUUGUCCAAACAGAUCUUCAGGGGAAUCGUCUUAAGAAGAUUCAAACCUGCAGGGGAUAUGGAUACCACACGGUGACACAGGACGGAGAUCUGAUCUUUACAGACUUUAACAAGAAAGUCAUCAACAAAAUAACACUGGAUAACAAUAUCACUGAGUUAAUUAAAAAAAGAGACUGGAGACCAAUCAGCAUACACUCCUCCCACAUCAAUGGGGACUUACUGGUUGGGAUGCUGAAGGGUGAAGAGGGUAAAGUAACCCGGUACAACAAGACAGGGAAAGAAGUACAGAACAUACAGAGGGAUAAAAAAGGACGGGGACUGUAUAGUCGUCCACACUACAUCACAGAAAACAUUAAUGGAGAUAUCUGUACAUCAGAUUUUAUCAAAAAGACAGUAAUUGUGGUGAAUAAAUCAGGACGACACAGAUUCUCCUACACAGGUCAUGGGUCAGGGUUCCUUCCCUGGGGAAUCUGUACUGAUGUCCUCGGUCACGUACUAGUGUGUGAUCUGGAGAAUGUUCACCUCCUUGAUCAGGACGGUGAGUUGUUAUCUCUACUAUUCACCCUAAAACAAGCAACUUGUCCUAUUAGUGUAUGUAUGGAUGAUGAGAACAAUCUUUAUGUGGGACAAGGUAACAAAACAGUUAAAGUAUUUAAAUAUCUCCUUUCAAUGAAUACAGAAUAGUGUGUUACUGUAUUUUCACCAGAAUUAAGUUUGUGUAUCUUUCAUCAUAUUCAUUUAAUCUCUGUAUAAUUGAGGAUAAAAUUAUCACUGAUUUAUUUCUCAACUGAGAUAGGCUUUACUAACUAAAAAUUAUGCUGAGUGAAUAAAUUUGUAAUGUAAAUGGUGUUUACUAAGUUUGAAUUUGGCGCCAUUAGUUGGCAGGUCAUGUGACUUCCGCUCUUAGAGUAUAUAAAUGCCAUACCGCUGGCGUCA